UGUCGAGUCAUCGCUAGUCGAGAGUGGAGAGCAGACACAGCCGCUGUCUGCUGGCUUGAAAAGGGGGAAUAACUGUGGAUUACAGCGGAUUAAUUGCGACAUAGAACCCAACAGGAGUGAAAUAGAGGUCGUAAAAUCGGAUUGGAGGUUGAUACGGAUGAGGAAAUUGCAUCGCUGAGUGAGGCUGUUGCCUUGCGUUGCCGUUGCAGACCCGGACACAGACAGACAGAGAGAAGUACCAGAGCUACCGCGACACCAGCGAGCGAACUUGGCUUCUCUGCCCUGUGGGAGGUGUCUGUCUGUCGGCUGCGGCUCCCGACGCAUACCGCCACCGCGUCGCCGCUCGGAGCUUUUGGGUGAUAUGGUUGUAUGUUUUUUGUAAAUAGCUUUCACGUCUUUCUCGGGGGUUUCAACAACCAACUGUAGCUUGAAUGUGACGCACUAUCUUGACAUUUGUGCUGUAACGUUAUUUCUGGAGCGGACCCCCCACUGCAGAGGAGUUUAAGGCUUUUAAAUCAAGUUUCCACCAUUCACAUUUCUUCGGUACAGAUAACAGCCACGCCGAUGUAAGAGUGACAAGGACUGAACCAGACAAAGCUGGGCCAGGCUAGGCCAGGCCUGGCCUACCUAGCCUUCUCUGUGGCCCUACCAGGCCAAUUCAAAGACUUCUGCAGGGAAUUCUGCCUUCAGCAAGAGGAGGUGGUUCUAGUCUGUUCUUACAAGUACUUACAAGGCCCCCAAGCUCAGCAGAUUCCAUACAUAAUUUGUCUUAGGACGUCUCAGGAGGUAGCAUUGUUCUGCUAGAGCUCCAGUCCUUCCAUGUCGUGGUGGUUCCUCUCUGGAUGUUGGCAGCAGGAUGGACGCAGGUGUUGAUUUGACGAGUGUCACCGUGUUGCAGCACUUGUGCCCCCCCUCCUUCGACUGCAUCUUCUCCUCUUUUGCACCCUUUUCUUCAUCCAUCAGUAACAGAAAGCCCCUUCCUCUCUCCUGGGGCCCCCCUGCCCCUGAGCGUUGCAGAAAAGGGACCUGUAGAAACUGUAGAUUGUUUUGUUGAAACAACAAAACUUGUAAAAGGAAGGAGGCUUAAUAAAUCCUCACUUACAAACUCCAGCAAACAAUCAAGAUCGGGUCGUUCAGUUGAUUUAAUAUUUGGUUUUUGUUGCCCAUCCCCAUCCCUCUUUUUUCUUGAGUUUGAUCAAAAGGUGGACAACUUCCCCAUUGGAAAGGAGACUUGCUGGUCGAGAUUUAUGUACAGGUACAUGUAGUUUAAUGAUAGGUUGGUCUGAGUCUUUAUUUAUAUUUUGUAAAUUCUCCUUUUUUGUUUUUGGCCUUGGUGAAGAAUGUCGGAAAGCAAUAGCAGCAGCAAAGCAGUGAAAUUCAUUGCCCCUGCCCCCCCUCCUCCUUCUACCUCCCCUUGUCUGUCACCCCAGACUCCCCACAAGACUGUGAACGGUUCUGCUAGCUCAGAUUCACACGUGGUGGAAAAGCUUGGUGGUCACCAAGAGGUCAGACGUCGGCGACAUACAAUGGACCGAGACUCUAAAACAGCUGAGCACCGUUUCUUUCGGCGCAGUGUCAUCUGCGACUCCAACGCCACAGCUUUGGACCUGCCCAGCAAGGCGACCAUGAUACUCACCUCACCUCCAGACUGUGAGGGGCCCUCCAGCUUUUUCCUCCCACAGCCCUCAGGGCCUGGACCUGGUGUACACGAGGCUAAAGAUGUGGAGGCAUCUAGAGCACCCUGUUUGCAAAGUAUGACCUUGGAACCCAGUCUUGGUGGGGCAGUUGCAGAGGAGCACCCAGAUGCUGGUGAAGAUUUAGGUGUUGGUGUUAUCAUGACUGCUGUUACCAGUGAUAGCAGCACUGACUGUAGUGCAGGUGGAGCAGCAAAAGAGCCAAGCCCGACAGUAUUGGAUGUUAGCGACAAGACAGUUAGUAAACAACCUGAUGUUAUGCUGCCUCGUGGAGGGUCAGAGGAGAAACGACAGGUGGUAAAAGAUAGGAAAGUAAUAGAGCCUAAAGAUGAAUGUAGCAGUAGUAGUCCUACAGAGGAGAAAGAGAGGGAGACAGAGGAGGGGAAGGAACAAGCCAAGACACGGGCAGAGCAGAGAGAGGCAGAGAAACGAGUGCAAGAGGAUAUAGAGGAGGUGGAAACAAAAGCCGUAGGGACGUCGCCGGAUGGACGCUUCCUGAAGUUUGACAUCGAGAUCGGAAGAGGCUCCUUUAAGACGGUAUACAAGGGAUUGGAUACUGAGACUACUGUGGAAGUGGCCUGGUGUGAACUACAGGACCGUAAGCUGUCCAAGUCAGAGCGGCAGCGCUUCAAAGAGGAGGCUGGGAUGUUGAAGGGUCUCCAGCAUCCUAACAUUGUCCGCUUCUACGACUCCUGGGAGGGACCGUGCAAAGGAAAGAAAUGCAUUGUUCUGGUCACCGAGCUGAUGACCUCUGGCACUCUUAAAACCUACCUGAAGCGUUUCAAGGUGAUGAAGAUCAAGGUCCUGCGCUCGUGGUGCAGACAAAUCCUCAAAGGCCUUCACUUCCUGCACACCAGAGCUCCUCCCAUCAUCCACCGAGACCUGAAAUGUGAUAACAUCUUCAUUACGGGGCCUACAGGGUCAGUGAAGAUAGGAGACCUGGGCCUAGCCACACUGAAGAGGGCCUCCUUUGCCAAGAGUGUCAUAGGCACCCCGGAGUUCAUGGCUCCAGAGAUGUAUGAGGAGAAAUAUGAUGAAUCUGUGGAUGUCUAUGCCUUUGGCAUGUGUAUGUUGGAAAUGGCUACAUCAGAAUAUCCCUACUCGGAAUGCCAGAAUGCUGCCCAGAUCUACAAACGAGUUACUAGUGGAGUCAAGCCGGGCAGUUUUGACAAGGUAGCCAUUCCUGAGGUGAAGGAAAUAAUAGAGGGCUGCAUCAGACAGAACAAGGAUGAGAGGUAUGCUAUCAAGGUCCUAUUGAACCAUGCGUUCUUCCAGGAGGACACUGGCGUCAGGGUCGAGCUGGCAGAGGAGGAUGAUGGGGAGAUGAUCGCUAUCAAACUCUGGCUCAGGAUAGAAGACGUCAAAAAGCUCAAAGGCAAAUACAAGGACAACGAAGCUAUUGAGUUCUCCUUCGACCUGAACAAGGACGUUCCUGAAGAUGUGGCCCAGGAAAUGGUUGAGUCUGGCUAUGUUGCCGAGGGCGACCAUAAGACCAUGGCCAAGGCUAUCAAGGACCGCGUGUCUCUGAUCCGGAGAAAGAGAGAACAAAGGCAGCUAGUACGAGAGGAACAAGAGAAGAGACAACUGGAGCUGGAACAGCAACACCAGCAACAACAACAACAACAACUACAACAACAGCAACACCAACAAGAGACACUCAAAACUUCACACACACAGGUGGAAGCAGAGGAAACUGAAGUGGACCAGCAACAGCUUCACUAUCAGCAGAGCAACCUCUCACUUCCAUCUGAAGGAGUGGACAGUGGCCAGGGUUCCUCAGUUUUCUCCUCUGACGCCCCCCACUUGGGUCAGCUGACCAUGUCAUACAGCUGCCCCCCCUCUACCCAGCCCCCCUCCCAGCCCCAGCCCCAGUCCCCUUAUCCCACCACCCCGCAGCAACAUCAAGUCUAUACCCAGCCGUCGCAGCCAAUGCAGCAGCAUUCAAUGCCACACCCCUACAGUGGAGGAGCAAGCACAGGAGGAGGUGGAGGAGGGGGGAUCCAACUUCCAACUCUCCCUGACCCCCCUACUAUUUUCUUUCCCUCUAUUCCUGAACGGCCCAUUUCAUUUUCCCCUCCUCCCACUGGGCCUCCAAAGGCCUACAACACCCAGCGACGUAAGAGCACCUCCAUUCUCGAGGCCCACACCCGACACUUCCAGCCUGCCUACCCUCGGUACGGGAGCAGCCUUCAUCCCUUUUCAGGGUUGGAGGGUGUCGAGCCCCCGUCUCUCUACAUGGUCAACCCUGGUUUUGCAGCCGCUGCUCAAAGACUUGGUGUUGGAGAGCCCCUGCAUCUCCCAGGGCAAUCUGACCCAAGCUUGUAUGGAUAUAAAGAUGUGAGAGCAGAGCAAGAGGAAGCAGUGAGGAGAUUAAGCUUAAACCAGGCUGCCCUAUUGGACCAUUAUGAAGCAAUGGCAUACGGGGGAUACCCAAUGACUGCUCACCAGCUUGGUCACUUGAGUUUCCAUCAGCAGAUGCAAGCAGCGGCUGCAGCUGCCAGUUUGGGAUAUGAUCCCGGCCCCCCGCCUCAACCGGCAUUCUUGCACCCACACAUGAUGCAAAGAAUCAGCACUCACAGCCCAAUCCCUCCACCUCUGACUCCCAUGAGCGCAUCCACUGGUGCCUCUGUGUCUUCUUCAUCAUCAGAUGGAUGCUAUCCUCCACCCCAGCAUGCUUCCACUUCCUCCUUCCCUCUCUCUGCUCCUCCAGUGAUGGCUGAUGCUCCACCUCCUGGAAGUGUUUUUGAAUUUCAUUUAGCUGCGGCUGCUGCAGCUGCUGCCAGUGACCCAAGCCUGCUGGCUUCCAGACUUUAUCGGGCCCGCAGGAGUUCCAUGGACCUCCCACUUGAGGACAGCACAGGGUCGGGUUCAGGUGGCUCUGGGUCAUACAGCCGUCUCCAGCCUGUGACAGAAGAGCUGUACACAUAUAUCAGCCCUGAGCUCCCUUUACCUCCAGGAAGUCUUCUCCUUCACCAUGGAGUAGGAAGCACAAGGGACAGAAGCCCAGAACCAUCCAGUGACUCCUUUGCUUCCUCUGAUGCAGGAGAGUUUCAGUCACCUCCUCCGCCACCUCUCCUCCCUCCACUUGAACCUUCAGCCGCUCAGUCCAUCCCUCACUCAUCCUCCUCCGCACUCUAUGAUCCAACAGGGGGGUUGCCUCCCACAGAUCCACAGGGUCAUCCACCCUCUCAGCAGAGCUUCCUCCUUCUCACACCAUCCUCUGAGCUCCCUGUUGCGGGAGCCUCGUCGACUCAGCUGGGGUCUCUGAUCCAGAAUGCCUGGGCCCGGCAUGGAGGGGUGGUACCAGCCCAGCCUGAUAUGACAUACCAUGAGUCAUUGUUGGCAAUGCAGGCUGCUAACUCCACUCUGCAGCAGGUUCAAGCCCCCACCUCCCAGCCCACUGCAGUGCCCUCCCUGGCCCCUCCCACCUCGCAGCCUGCUACUCCUGGGACCUGCCAGCAGGUCAUUACAUCUAGUCAGUCCAGUAGUGCAUCAGUCCAGAGCCCCACUCACACAUCUGUGCCACAGGCCUCUGCACAGUCUGCCUCCCAGCCUCCAGAGCAGUCCCAGUCUCAGCUACAGCCUCCACCGCAAGUGCCCUCAUCAAUGGAGAGUGGCCACUCUGAGACAUCAGGUCUGAGUGACGGGAAUGAGGGAGGUGGAGGAGGAGGCCUCCAUGAAGGGCGCUCCACCAAGCGACACCAGAGACGCUCUGUGCGAAGUCGAUCUCGCCACGAGAAGAUCACUAAGGCGAAGCUAAAUGUCCUCAAUAUCUCUAACCUAGGAGACAGGGUUGCAGAGUGUCAGCUAGAGACCCACAACAGGAAGAUGGUGACCUUCAGGUUUGACCUGGACGGAGACAACCCUGAGGAGAUUGCUCAGAUCAUGGUCCAGAGUGAGUUUAUCCUGGAGAGCGAGAGGGAGUCCUUUAUUGAGCAGGUCAGAGAAGUGAUAGAGAAUGCAGAUGAGAAGGGCCUGGAGAGAGACACAAACAACCAGAUGACAGGCGACAUGGAGCAACAGAUUCCUGCUAUAUCUUCUCCCAUGCCAGAUAUCCCUCCGAGUGCCACGGCCCAAGUUGUUCAUUCAGCAGGUCGUAAGUUCAUCGUCAGCCCAGUACCUGAAGCCAGGCUGAAGGAACAGUUCUUUGCGGCCUGUCCUUCUCCUGCUCCUGCAUCUACUGUUGACACAGCUGCUCCUGUCUCAGCUCCAGCUUCAUCUCAAACUCCAGUCCCAGGUUUGGGGUUAUCCCAGUCUGCUGGAGCAAUCAGCCUGCAGCAAGCCUUUUCAGAGCUCAGACAGAACCAGAAUCAGUAUGACCCAGGACCCAGCACUGCCCCAGCUUCGAUCCAGUCCACCCUGCCUUCGCUGCAUCCGUCAGCCGCCUCUGUGUCUUCACAAUCUAGUGGAGCCAGUGGAUCCACUCCCACUGUGGAUGCAAGUGCUGGACUUGUCUCCUCUAAUCUAACCCAGACACAGGAGCAAGCGUUAGACGUCUGCCUUCCUCCCCCUUCCUCCUCCUCCACCUCCUCCUCUGUGCCCUCGGUCUGUCUCACCCCUCCUGGCUCCUCGUCCUCUCCUCCAGUGGUGAAUCAGUCUAUCCCUCUGUCACAGGGAGCCACCCAGCAGGGGGUUCAGGCUUCUUGCCAACCCCAAGGACAGGCACAGGUCCAAGGGCAAGCACAGAUCCAGCCCCAGGCUUUCACUCAGCCCCAAGGCCCCGUGCCGCAGUCCCAAACAGCUGUUUCUACUGUCAGCACUGCAUCUGUAUCUUCCACCUCGCCACCCACCAGCAUCCCUCCAACACCUAUAACCUCUCCUUCUCCUACCCCCACCCUUCCCCCUGUGUCCUCCCCUCCUCAUGCUUCUUCCUUCACCCCUCUGGUGAGUGAAGGUGUCCCUAAUCAUCCCUCCAUCUCUUCACCACCCUCCUGUCCUCCAUCUCUGUCCUCCUCUGUCAUUCCAACAACUGCCAUCCCAGGUCCCCAGCUUACUCCGUCUGCCUCCUCCCAGCCCCCUCCCUCUUCCUGCACCUCCUCUUCCUCUGUGGGGCUCCAGCCGGUGACCACCAGUGUUCCUGUGGUCCAGCCAACAUUAGUCCACUCCCAGCCACAAACAGCAGCCCUGCCUGGGCAGACCCACACCCACUGUGGGGAAUGUGAUGCAAGGUGUGAAGCAUCCACUGAGUCCCAGGGCAAAGCAGACGACAUCCAGACUUUGGAUAAGAAGCUGCGUUCUCUCUUCAUGGACCUCGGUGGAGGGGUUCCCUCCUCACAGGGAGACCCCUUAGCUGCUGACCCGGCCUCAGGAGCCUCUGUUGCAGGUACCUCGUCUCCAGUUGGCCCCUCUACCUCCACGACAUCUGUCACUACACCCGGCUCCAGCCAAGUGGCCAACCCUCCUCUGCCCCCCUCCAGCCUACCGUUGGGGUCACUGGCCUCCGUUGCUCCCAUUCAGGGCCCUGGAACACCUAGCUCCGCCCCUGCACAGAGUGUCAUCCCUGCCUCAUCCUAUAGCCAGACCACUCCAUCCAAAACCUCCAUAUCCAGACUACCGGCCAGUUCUCCUUCUUCAGAACUCCUGCCAUCCUUCCCUGGACCCUGUCUGAUACAGUCCCAGCAGCCUCUGGAGGACCUGGACGCUCAGUUGAGGAGAGCUCUGAGCCCAGAGACUGUUCCUGUCAGCACACAUACACAGGCCUCACACACUGGCAUGCCUUCAGGAGGACAACCAAUUCCCUUCUCUCUGGAGGAGGAAGCAGUGACCGGUCCCCCUCCACCAGGUGGAAUAAAACUGGGGAGAUUUCAGGUCUCCUUGGCUACUGAGGAGCCUCCUGUCCCCCGCCCUGCCUGCACUGAAUCCUCCUCCACUUCCUCCACCUCAUCCUCCUCUUCAUCCUCUUCCUCCUCCUCAUCCUCCUCCUCCAGUCUCUCCAGUCCGGAGAACACGCUGCACAAGGCCUCUUUGUCUCCUCGGAGAGUGGGAGGAGAGCGAGGCGGAGAUGUGGUGGAUGGACUCCCCUGUCCUCUAUCUCAAAGGACUCUAGGGGUGUCCUACCACCCUUCCCCUCACACCUCACCCUGCCCCUCCCCCCAGCCCACCACAACCAUCGGACGCUUCCAGGUCACCACCAACACCGAGGCCCGGGUCGGGAGAUUUUCAGUCAGCCGUGCCCAGGAGCAGACCUCUGAGGCUGGGCCGAGCCCACCGCCUGCUGCACAGGCUACGAAUGGACCCAGUCAGCCUAUGCAGAUGCUGAGUCCAGACUCUACUCAUAAGGCCUCUCUGCCAAGUCUGAACAACAACUCCUUCAACAACUCCUAUGUCAGCAGUGACAAUGACUCAGAGUUUGAGGACGAGGACUUCAAAAGGGAAGUCAAUCGCCUCAGAGAAAAGCACAUGCGUGAAAUCCAGGCCCUCCACUGCCGUCAAAAAGAAGAGAUCGACAAUCUCUUCACCAGGCUGGGAAAGGUUCCUCCACCUGCAGUGCUCCCUCCAGUCAUAGCCUUGGCUGGCAGGAGGAGACGACCCACCAAGAGCAAAUCCUCCAAAUCCUCAAGAACCAGCUCCACUCAUGGCAGCAAAAGUCCACUACAGCCAGGCAGCACUUUAUCCGCACAGAGCGUCCCCACCAUCUAUCCCGGCCAGCUGGCUCUGUUAGCCCCAGGAGGGUUAGCCGAUUCAGGCAGCAGCUCUCUGCUCCAGCCCCUUAAACCCUCUCCCUCCAGUGACAACCUGUGUUCGGCCUACACCAGCGAGGCAGCACUCUCCGUGCCCAGCCUGUGUGCUCCCACCCCAGGCUGUGUAAAGUUCAGCUGGGGUUCGGAGCGUUUGACCUUCAAGCCUGGCGGCAGGAGGACGCGCUUUCUGAGGAAGAUGGUGAAAAAAGUCUGCCCCUGCAACCAGCUCUGUAGGACCAAUAGCACCAAUGCAGUGAGCGGAGGUUUGGGCCAGAACCAGGGUGGGUCCCAGUCUCUCCCUCCUAGCAUCUCUGCCCCCCAUCAAAGGAAGGGAACCUUCACUGAUGACCUUCACAAACUGGUGGACAACUGGGCCAGAGACGCUAUGAACCUCUCACAGGGUAAGAGGAGUGCCAAACAGCUGCAGCAGGCCCCGACACAGGGGCACAGCUACGAGGUGAUCCAGUCAGCCAGUCUGGGCAGGAAGUACUCGGCUCCCGGCCAGCUGUGUCCUAGCAGCAUCGGAGGCUCUGCGCACCUCCCAACCAACCCCGCCACCGCUACCUCUCUGGCUGCCCGCAAGGGCUCCCUGUGCCCCCCACCUGCUUCCUCCACACCUCCGCAGCCCCCGCCUCCCCAGUUCAUCCCCUACACCCCCACUGCCACUUAUAGUGCACAAUGGUCCGGUCCAGCACACGGCCUGUCGACCCCCCACCAGGCCCCGACGCAGCCUGGGCCCCUCCUGGUCAGUACCUCCCAGCCCCUGGGCCCCUACCCCACAACAGUGGCCGGCGGGCAGGGCCAGAUCCCGGGGCAGGGGCCACUCCAGGCUUUCCACCUGGCCAGUGCUCUGCAGAAGUCAGUCAGCAACCCAGGAGGGCCCAACCUGAGGACCACAUAGGGUUUAGGGGGUGGGGCUGGUUUGAAUUGCAGCCUGACUGGACGGGUAUGGAGUGAAGUGGACUGGCCUGGAAUGGCUGGAGAGGGUGGGAGAGCUGUGAUGAGUGUGGAGGAGAGAGGAGCAGCUCCAGGAGUGCUAGAUAACAGAGGCUGGCCUGCUUGAGAAGGGAGGGGAGAGGAGAGUAGAGGAAAUCAAGAAAUAAGAGUCAGGAAUGAAAUGUAAUGCAUCUCGACAGUGUGUGUGAUGCACCUCACGUCUGUCUCCUUCCAUGUAUGUGUGAGAGGCUGAGAGGAGAACCGACCCUUACACACAUACACACACUCAUACACUCUCCCUCACUGUGGAGUCUGAUUGUGGGCUCAUCACAGUCAGCCAGUGCUCAAGACUAAAGGAAAAGACUGACGAGUGCAAUGUUACAAGGCCAAAGAGGUUGUUACAGGGUGUGGGAUUGGUAUUAAUGACUGUAUGUGUGUGAGUUGUGUGUAGGCUUCUGUGGCUUGGUUACACUUGUUCCAUUUCAUGCCAUAAAAUGAAAUAAACAAAUGCUUGCUAGGAAGGACACAGAAUCACCACAGUGGUAGAGGGAAGAUGGUACAUCAGGUUGCAGGAAAAGAAGAAAUGUGAUCAGCCUUUCCACAACCUCCCAUGUCCCCCUGCGUCCCCAAGCACCUGUUUCCCAGCUAGAACUGCUGAAGAUGCUUGUGGGAAGUGCUGGUUUUGGCCACUGCUGCUUCAGCGUACCUCUGAUAAUACAUUUGAAGCACAGCAGCAUUCUUUUACUGGAAAUUCAAAUAUUUCUGACUUCUAGCUAUCUGUACUCAGAGCAGUAAAAGCAUGCUAAGCUGUUAGAGCUGUUGAGAACGUGCAGCAGUGUAUCAUCUCCGUCGAAUUCAAGAAGAAACCAACACUCUGUAGAGGGGGUCACCAGUGCUUGGGAGGCUGCAUCACUCUGAAAUCAGAGAAGCUAGCAACUCGCACCGUUUUGUAUCCCCAGUACAUCUAAACAGAAUGCUUACUAGGAGGGAUGCAAAAGGCAGAAGAUAAUAUCUUUGACAUCAGGUGAGAGCAGGAAUGAAAACUUGUUUAGAAGAGAGUGUGUGAGAUGAUUAAAUUUCAUUUCCAUCAUUUCAGGACGUUGGUGUGUUAGGUGUGUUUCACCACAAGGUUUCUUAAAUCCAUUUUAAGCAUGCAAAAUAUUGAGAGCAGUUGAAUGCACAUUGUGUAUUUGAAUGUGCACACUGUAUGCGUAUUUACAUUUUGGGUAAAAUGGAAGUGAAUCGACCUCACCCCUCGUUUAGAGUAAGCAUCAUCCGGGGCUUGGUAGGCCUGUGACUAGUCAGUGAGAAGAAAUGUGGCAGCUCCUCCUAUGUUGAGAGUUGACCAGAGAGUAUUUACUUACAGCGAAUAGAACCGUAUCAGUGUCCUGUUACACUGCUUACAUCAGUAUUGAUGAACCUGCAGGCUGUACACACCUUUGAUCGUGUAUUGGAUGGAUAUGACCGAUUCCUCUGCAUAGCAAACACCUCUUUACCACCUGUGCUCCUCCCUCCGACUCUUCUCCGCCUCUCUCCACCUCUCUGUUGCCAUGUGAUGCAAUAACAGCAGAAACCUUUUAGAAAAAGCCCAAACAUGAGAGCUUGAGAACUGAGCAUGAAUAAGUGGCCUUGUUAUCAGAAUAAUAUCAGAGUCCCUGUACAGUAAAUGUCUCUGUUUAUUUUUAGAAUGUCGCUGUGAUGAUUCCACUUUGUUGUAUUAUUUGUUUAGGGUUUUUUUUUUCUUGUUUUGUUUUGUUUUGUUUUGUUGGGUUUGUUUUGCUUGCUGCCCCCAGCUUGAUAUCUGACACACACACACACACACACACACACACACACACACACACACACACAGAGAAACUAACUCAAUAAUUGUGAAUAUCUGCAUACUCACACACACAGAUUCUGUGAUUGCGCACAGGCACAUUCAUAUACAUACACAGACACAUGCUCAUCCACAGAUGCGGAUUUUGUAAAUACACACACACACACACACACACACACACACACACACACACACACACACACACUCACACACUCACACAGACAUUGUUGGAAGGUGUAGCAGCCGUUAAACCUUUAUACAUUCAUUCAAACUAAUGCCUCAGCUCUGUAUCUUAGCGUCAGCAUUAGGUUGGUUUCAACGGUUUGGUUGAAACGGUUGAAAUGUACAUUAUUAGCAUCAUUAUUGUUGUUUAUGAUUAUUAUUCUAUUUAAAAAGAAACAAAAACAAAAAGGUGUUCUGUCAAUGGACCUGUUAUACUCACAUCGGUGUACGAUGUGGAAACACUGUGAUUAUUGUUGUUUAUUAUUAGCAGAUGUUGUUGGACAACGUUAGUUCUAGGUCAAAUAUCAAAGAAUGAAAAGAAAAAAAAAACAUACAGAGAAACAGUUUGGGGUCCAUUCACUUUCAAUUCAAUGCAUUCAGCAAAUGGGUCCUCAUCAAAAUGUGAAAAUUAAAAUCCCCUCCUUUUCAAUACGAGCAUUUCUAUCUGGUUAUUGAGGAUGUGAUUAGAAAUGAAUGCCUUACCAUCAACCAACAAACUGCAGUCUCACUCAGAAUUUUUAAUUAAUUGAAUUGAAAGUUAAUUGACCUCAAGGCCCAAUUAAAAAGAAAAACAGGAGUGAAUGGCAGGAUAGUUGAUAUUUAGAUAUUAAAGUAAUGCUAGCUAUUUUUUCCUUAAUACAGUACUUAUAUAUCAGACACUUUAAAUAACCUCCCCGUUCCCUUUGUCCUCUGAUUCUGUUAGAUGAAUGUGAAUGUAUAAACCGAUGGUGUCAAUUUUAAUGUACUUGAAAAACUUCUGUCUUUUUUUUUUUCUCGCUCUCUCACUUCCCCUGAACCCCUAGUGCCUCUAGUCGAUACUGGAGGUACUUACUAGUGCCUUGCAUCCUUUCUGUUGCUUUUUGGGGGGGUCAUCGAGGGCUUGGGUUAACGUAAGCACAGUUGACAGUGUGUUGCUCUGCUCUUGAGUGCUGUACUGAGUUCAGGGGUGUCGCAAGCAUAGAAAUACACAUAGAAUGGAAACAGCGAUUGAAGUUAAUGGUGAUGUCACUGGAGUCAGUUGGAAUGACUUGAACCACUGGUGGAAGAGCCGUAAUCAUGGCUGGCAUUGUACACCGCAGAGCGAGUUUGUUGAUCACUCUCUUUCAUUUCAGCCUUUUCACAAAGUGUGUGUGCUUCAAAAUGCAAAAAUUGAAGGUCUUCUUUUCUAAAAAGCCUCAUAGACGCCAUGUUGAUUGAAAUACCCGAGAAGGAUUUCUGUCAUCAACCAUGGAAUGACAUUUUGACUUCACACUCUGAAAUGAGGGAAAGUGAAGUGACCUCGACUUUGCCACAGCGCAAAGAGCGAUUAUUUGAUUCGUAUGAUCCCUGAAAUGAAUGAAAGAGACAGGGAAGGCCGCCAUUAGGUUUGAGUCGGUGUGUGUAUCUGUGAGGCGAGGCCCGGCUGACGGCGUGUUGUUGUGCUCCUGCGGUGCUUUAAUAACAGUAGAUGGGCUCUGACUGUGUCCAAGGCCUGGGUACGCCACCAACAAAGAACGAAAGAUGGACAGAACAAGAGAGAGAGUUUACCAGUGCCAUUCUUUUUUUUUCUUUUCUUUUUUUUUUUAAAUCAGGGUUUUAAAUGUAGAUGGGGAAACGGGGAAGACAUUUUUUAAGUUUUAAGGAGGGAGUUGUUGACGAUUGUAGUUGAAGCUUGGACCACUCUGUACUUCAGAGGCAUUGUGCCACAUGCAGCAUACAGUCAGCAGUGGAAGCUUUGGUGCAGUGAACUGACUGUUUCUUUUGUUGACCUCCAUAAUAAACCAAUCUAAAACAAUCAGGCUGAUAGGAAAGGCCUCACAUUAGCUCACUGUCCCAAAUGAUAACAUUUUGUACCUGCAAUAGCUGGACAAAAAUGGGGGCUCACAUGGCUUUGUACUCCAUUAUGCAUCGAUUGUAGUGAGCUUAAUGGAAAGAUGAGGUCCCAAAAUCCAGUUGGCUAGUACAAUAGUGCAAGUGGCUAGUGAAUUUGGAGAUUUUGCCAGGCUUGGAAAUGAAAACAAGUUAGUUCCCUGCCCCGGGUUUGUGCACAGUUGCAUUAUUAACCAAUGCAUCGUGAGACCAAAAAUUUGCCAUAGAGAAAUGAUGUGUUCCCUCUAGACUCCCUCACUGAGGCACAUUUACCGUAUAGCAUUACCAUAGACUUGCAAUAGAAUAAUCAUACCUUAGCAAUAGACCAAGUCAAAGACGGACAGGCCAUGAAGAGGCAUGCACACUUUAACUGGCUCCAAGUGUCCAAAGCUGCAUAAAACCGUAGACUGGUUAGACUGCAGCCACACACAACCAGAUAUUAUGUGUUGGACAGCUGUAGGAGUCCGUCUCAUGUGAGCCAACCUGCAUGGCCAGGUGAAUUCAGCCAAAGGCUCACCGGGAGGGACAUUGGUUAGGUAUUUAUCAGGCCAGUGGAUUGUUCAACGCCUCCUCAUCUUAACACAUAAUUGAUGCUGCCGCUAAAAGAAAAACAUCUAUCUGCAAAGUGGUAUGGCUUUUACUGUAAUGAGCACAAGGAUGAUUUUAUUACUAUUAUGAUUAUUAUUAGUGUUGAUUCCCAUUCCCACUGUGUUUCUGAAGCUGGACCCUUGGGUUUAACAGAUGUCGUUCACAUAAAUGGCCACAAAAACUUUAAUUUGAUGUUGCAGUUAGGUGCUUUUCAGUUGGAGGAAACAGAAUCGGUGGUCAUGGUGAUUGAGAGGAUAAUGAUGGAUGUUACAAUGGUUUUAGUCACAGUGGUGGUGUUGAGGAUGGCGUUGUUGGUUGUGGUGGUGAUGAUGAUGAUGAUGAUGAUGAUGAUGAUGAUAAUGAUGAAUGUGGUGGUGAUGAUGAUGGUAUAUAUGUUCAUGGUGAUGAUGGAGGUUUGGUAGUGAUCUUGAUGACAAUGGCGUCCAGCAGGGACAGUCUAACCUAGAUUCAAGGCCUUUGACACCCUGCUCUGUUUCCUGUUUUCGUUUCUGGUACAAAAAGUUCUUGAUAUUUAAAAUCCUAACAAAAUCUCUUCUUUCUUCUUUUUUGCUGAGAAUGGUUUUGCUGGAUUCUGGAUAGUCAAAAUGAAAAAAUACAAAAAAAAGUUUCUUUGUAAAGUUUGUAAAUUUUUUUUUUUUUUUUUUGGCUUUGCCUGUUUUUGUGGUAUUUUCACUUUUCAUGAAUAGUCUGGAUUAAUGCAGCAUUUUUACUACUAGGCAAGUUUGGUUGAAGCUGUGAAUAGUCAUUGAGCCACUUUGCUUUAGUUCUGUCCGCGGUUAUGAUCAUCCCAAUUAUCAUAAUGUAUUACUAGAAGUUGAACCUUUAAUGAUGCCACCAACUCAGUGCCACUUGCUUUUCUACUAUAAAACCAGAGCUGAAGGAUGGAAAAAAAAAAAAAAAACGACCGAGUAUAUUUGCCUGCUUUUAACUCGUUGGAGCUGUUUUGGUUUCCUGGAUGUUCACUUUGGUCAUUGCUUGAGCCUCAAAUGAUUUCCACAGUUGAAGUUUGAUUUGCUUCAUUUUGCUGUUUCUCUUUCUGCAUCAUUUGUUCUGUGAGGAAAACCUACGGCACAGUGGCUGCCUGCAAUAUUAUUUAAACUUACAGUGUGGAGCUCUUGGGUUACAGUGGUGUGGGUACUCUCAUGGUGAAGAGUCCUGUUGUUACACUCACACUGGAAGACUCUUAUUCUGAAAAGCUGUAGAGUUAAACAUCACUGGGUGGAAAUAUUGUGAAGUUAUUUGAAGUUACACUUCUAGUGGAGGACUCUUACUGUGAAAAGCGUGAGUUAUCCAGCAGUUGGGGUACUUUUAUUGUGAAGGUUCCUGGAGUUACAGGAUUGUUAUUCUCGUUCUGGUCAAAAUUUGGAUUUUUCUGUUCUCUCCAAUGCUCACACAUUUUUCCUCUUUUUUUGUUUUUGUUUUUGUCAGCAAUUUUAAUGUCUAGCAGCACCUAACUUAAUUCAGUGGUUUCAUUUCCUGUAUUGUAUUUGACAUUGUACAAAAGUUGUUGGAUUAAAAAAAACACAUGUAUGAGUGAAUGAAAGAAAAAAACAUUUUAAAAAAAGAACAAAAACAUGUACAAGUAGGGAGUCUUUGGCAGCCUUUAACGGUAUGUUUGCACUAAGUAUAGAGUGUUCAAGCUUCAUAUUAAAAAAACAAACAAACAAACAAAAAAAAAAAAAACAACUUUGCGCUUUGCGCUCCAAUACAAUGAAAUUUGUUACUUUAUUUGUAAAAACUUAAUAAACAAAAGUUGUUAAAAUUA